UAUGAAACUUUUUACGAAGACGCCAACGGUCAGACGCUGCUAUCAUGGACUGAAUCAAAGGGGUAUAAAGCAGCCGUCAAGUUGUUGCUCGAUAAAGACCCCAAGACGGAGUCAAACAUUCUGCCAUGCGUCACAUCAACGGCGUUGUCGACAGCUGUGGUGGCUCAAGAUGACAUUGAGCCGCUGCCCGCCUUGCCGGUGUUUCUGUCGAUCCAGCAGCAAGACAUCGGUAAAAAGUUCUUGGAACUAGCCUUAGCAGAGGAAGUGCGAGAGGCGAAUGUGCCCAAGUACAAGCAAUCGAAUGGAAGGAUGGAUCGCUAUGAGGACUACAGGCCCUGGGCGGACUAUCGCAUCAGGCUGCAAGUUCGCGAAAACAAAUACGACUACGUCAAUGCCGUCUCCCAUUACUCUGAGGUCGUCUGACUUACGCUAUCCGCCGCUGCGCUAUAUUGCUAUGCAAGGACCGACCAAACCGUCAUUCGAUCACGUCUGGCGCAUGGUUGCUGAGCAAACCUCAUCAUCACCUGCAGUUAUCGUUCAACUCACAGAGAUGGCUGAUAAACAUGGACGAAAAUGCGACCAGUAUUUGCCUAUGGCCGAAGAAGGCACUGCUUGGAGAAUUAACGACGACAAUAUAUGGGGCGACAACUGGAAGGCAUAUCUUACCUUUCACUCACUAGAGAUCAUUGCAGGCGGUGCGAUUGAAAAGCGCAUGCUAGUGCUGCAUAUAGACAAAGAAGGAGAAAAAGAAGAAGCACGCAUUAUCUGGCACUUUCUUUACAAACGCUGGCCCGACUAUGGUGUUCCGACUGCAGACGACAUAAACAGCCUUCUCAAAUUGAUAAAGUUGUCAAAGCAGUAUAGCUCGCCGAACAGUAAGUGCAUUGUUCACUGCAGCGCUGGCGUUGGCAGAACGGGUUGUUUCAUUGCUCUUGAUCACCUCAUAUGAGAGCUCGACUUUGGAAUUCUCAAAAAACAUGAUUCGAUGUGGGUGGGCCCUGAUUUAAUCUAUAAAGCAGUCGAUAUCCUUCGCCAGCAGCGUUGGGGCAUGGUCCAAACUGAAGAGCAGUAUCGAUUCAUCUACCAGGUUAUGCGGAAGCUUUGGUACAAUAAGUACGGUGUUGCAGAUGAGAAAGCUGGCAACAACAAAUGAGCGGCAAGUAGGUUCAAAAUCCCAAGGGUUUGAGGUUACAGAUCUGGCAGCAUGAGGGCGUGGGACGGUAGUCUUUACAGGGCUGGACUCUACAGUUGGAAUGGUUGGCUAUGGCGCCGGAAACGCUCUGGUAGAUUGGAAGUUUGGCCUAGAAGACAGACACAAGAGUAGAGAUUGUUAUACUUUCCAUCAUUAUGAUGAAAUCGUAG